UAAAAUUCUAAUGGGAGCUAAUCAAAGUAAUCAACAACCAUAACAAGAAAGACAACGAACUAGAAAGAGAGAUAUAUUAAUGGGCUUAUGUAUGAGUUAACUGCAACCAAAAGAUGCAUAAGCUCCUGGCAGAUUGUAGAAAAGUCUUUCUGAGAAUAUGAAAUGUCAAACACAAGACAUAUUAACGUAAUUUAUAUGUUUCUAUUAUUUAGGAAGAUGUGUGAUGAGGAAAUGCCAAAGUAUUCAAUUAAAAUAUUACAGUACUUUUUAAAUUUCCUAACAAUAAAGGAGUGUAUUCAACUUAAACUGGUUAAUAGAAAAUUGAAAUUCAUGGUUGAAAUGAGUAGUAAUAUUUUCUCAAACUUUCUCAGUCAAUAUUAUUUGAGAAAAUUGUAGCUACACUGUUUUGUAGAAUAUGGAUUUCAUAAAGGUUUUCUAUCUGUUUUCUCUGAACAAUUAUUGAAUAUUGAGACAAAUUAGGAUGAAUCGUGGAUUCGAAUUUAUGGCAAUUUUCAUAAUAGCAUGUACUUUAUUUUUAUACAAUUCCAUAGAUCCUAAUUGAGAAGAAUUGAAUAAUAAAUAUCAUUCCAAUACAAAAUUGAUUACUCUAUAACUGAUAAAGUUAUAGAAAUCUGCAGAAAUCCCUCAUUUCCCAUUCCUAUUUUAACUGAUGAUGUUCUAAAACACUCAACAACUAGCUGGUUUUAAUUAGAAAUAGCUCAAAAAACAACUGAUUAUAGUGCAGUUGAAAAAAUACCUCUCUUGGAUUAAUUGACUGAUAAAUUGUAUGAAGAUUGUGAAGCUACUUUCAAUUAAGAUAAUUUAAAACACACUUAAUUAUUGUUUGAAUUAAGAUGGAUUAUAAUUGAUAACUUUAUUAAAGAUCCUAGUGCUUUGGAUUAAGAUAAUGUUCCAAUAUUAUUGAAACUUUUGGCUUAAAUUCUUCAUUUUAUUUAUUAAAGAUGCAUUUUUAGUAGAAAUGUCUUGAUGAUCAUUAAAUAAAAUAAAAUGCCAGCUUUAUUUUUAAAUAUGUAUACUGUAUUAUGGGAAUCUUAUAUUGGAAUUGUUUGGGCAUUAAAUAGAUCACUUAAAAAAAUGUAUAACAAAUUGGAUUAACUUUUUAAUAAAUAUUAUACAACUACAUUUCCUUAAAUUACAUUUACUAGUGCAUUAGUUAGAUUAUGGACAUAAAUCGUUAUCAAGGGAACUAAAAAUAUUGAAAAUGAUCCUAUUGAAAAUGAAUUAGUCUUAUCAUUUGAUACAAUACUCAAAAAUAAAAGAUCACUUUUAUUUGAGUAUUAUACCAAAGAUCAAAUGAAUAAUUAAAAAUAAUACAUAAAUCAUACUAUUAAUGACGAUUAUUUUAAAUACUGUUCAAGUGCAGUAGAUAGUCUAUUAAAUAAAUUUACCUCAAAUAUUCUAGAUUUAUCUCUACAUGAAUAAAGCAUUCAUUGGAUUGGACACUCUUAAGUUAAAGUUGGAUAACUCUAUGGAUAAAUCUUAGAAAUAGUUGUCAAGUAAACUAAUGAUCUUUACAACUAAGCAUCAAUCCAGUUUUCUACAAAUUUUACUAUCUUUAAAGAUUAUAUUUUAGGUAUUCAAUAUCAUUAAAAUUAUAGCUGAAACUAGAUAUAUGUAAGGAAUUAUGAAUUAAUGGACAGUCCAAGUUUGCAUCCUACCUAUUGGAAUAAAUUAUUUGUAUGAAAAAAUUAAAAUCAAUCUCAGACAACAUGUUUUAUCUUGCUAAUUAAACUCUUGCAUUGAUGAGGAAAGAAAUUUUGAAGCUAAUAUCUUGGAAUCUUAAAUUAUCCCUUCCAAUCUUUAAUUUAUCCAAUUUAAUGAGCAAGACGAAUUAUCAUCUAGAAUAGUGAAAGAGGAUUCUAUUCUAGAAAGCUUUAUUUGCUAAAUUUUGAAAGAAGAGAAAAUUUAACCCAUAGAGGAUUCUCGAAUUGUAUAAUCUAAUCAACCAAUAUAAUAAUCGAUCUUAUAACAAUAGAGCAGUAAUAUUCCAAAAAUAUCCUCAACUAAAUUACAGAGUAUUGUUGAAGGAGAUUACAGUAAACUUAGAAUGCUUUCAACUUUCUCAGCAAGUACAAGAGUUAGUUAAAUUACAUAAAUUACCAGUGUUAUAAGUUAACAGAUUCUUUCAUCCAUGAAAUCAAACUUAAAUAUGUUUUAAGUCAAAGAUAUUAAAAAUAAGUUAGAAAAUAAUUAAUGGGCUGCGUUUUUAAAGGAUAUCCAUAUCUUAGAAAUACAAAAUAACAUUAUUAUUGAUAAGAGAAAUAAUCAAAUUUAAAUGAGAAAUUUCAUUAGAUAAAUCCCUCAAGAUUUAGAAGAGUCCUUUAAUAAUAUAAUUGACUUUACAAAGAUUUGGAAUUUGUUAGAUACUUCAAACCUAUAUUUAUCUAAAGAAGAACUAAACAAUUUUGAAUAUAAUAAACAAUUUCUUUAAAGGGAAUUUUGUGAAAUCGAAUUUGGAAAUGGAUUAUUUGCCUCAUAUUUCUAAUAAAUAUGA